AUGAGAUCUGCUAACUUUCUCGUGGAAACAGUUGGAUCAUCGUUACAGUCGUCCCAACAUCAGGCAGAUGUUGUGAUACACCCUUGGAUAAAAUCUUCACCUUAUGCUUUGCCAAUUAACUGUUUAGUCAUGAGGACAAUCACGGGUGAUCAACCGAAUUGGGACGUUUCCGGUAUCCACAUCGACAUUCCACGGAAUUUCCAUUUGGCGGAUCCAGAUUGGCAAUCAAGAAAACCUGUGGAUAUCCUUAUUGGUGGUCAGUUCUAUUGGGAAAUCCUGCGUGACGAAACCCACUAUCUUGGCUCUGGACUUCCACUGAUGAAAAAUACCACGUUUGGAUGGGUAGUAGUAGGAUCAUGUGACAAUUCUACGGUGAACUCCAAUCUUGUCACUUGCAACCUUACUACAUUGGAAAAUAUAGAGCAGACGCUUCGAAAGUUCUUCACAAUCGAAGACGUUCCUAAACAAUCUUCCUCUAAGGAGGAGCACAAACAAGUUGAGGAGCUCUAUUCAUCCACUACCACGCGUGAUGCUGAUGGACGUUACAUUGUCCAGCUACCAUUCAACUCCAAUCUCGAAAAACUACAAACCAAUCGCUCAUCAGCCAUGCGACAGCUGCAUUUCCUGGAGACAAAAUUAAAGAAGGAUGUAGAUCUCUGGGAGAAAUACAGCAACAUUUUCGAGGAAUAUUUGGAGAAGGAUUUUAUCGAAGUGGUUCCUUACAAUGAAUUGGAGAGGCAAUCUUUCUAUAUGCCACAUCACUGUGUCGUCAAGAAGGAAGCGGUAUCCACUAAAGUGAGGAUCGUCUUCAAUGCUAGUUCCCCAUCAUCCUCUGGAGUCAGUUUGAACGACACUUUGAUGGUGGGGCCAUGUGUACAACCUACUUUGAUGUCUACUCUCCUGAACUUCAGACUCCAUGCAAUAACUUUCACCUGUGACAUCGUUAAGAUGUAUUUGCAGACCAGGGUCCAUGAACAACACAGAGACUUUCUUCGAUUCCUGUGGAGGACACCCGACAAUAGAUAG